UGGUGUGAAGUUAAAUAAUUAAAAAUAAUAAAAUAUUUGAAAUAUGUUGACUAAAUUUGAGACAAAGUCGGCUCGUGUGAAAGGUUUGUCCUUCCACCCUAAACGUCCAUGGGUCCUAACUAGUCUGCACAGUGGCAUCAUCCAACUCUGGGACUACCGAAUGUGCACACUGAUUGAUAAAUUUGAUGAACAUGAAGGACCAGUAAGAGGCAUAAGUUUCCACAGCCAGCAGCCAUUGUUUGUGUCUGGAGGGGAUGAUUACAAAAUUAAGGUCUGGAAUUACAAGCAGCGUAAAUGUCUCUUUACAUUACUUGGACAUCUGGAUUACAUCCGCAUGACCACUUUCCAUCAUGAAUAUCCUUGGAUCUUGAGUUGUUCAGAUGAUCAAACAAUCAGGAUUUGGAAUUGGCAGUCAAGAAGUUGUUUGAGCGUGCUAACAGGACACAGUCAUUAUGUGAUGUGUUGCCAGUUCCAUCCAACUGAGGACAUGAUCGUGUCUGCGUCUCUUGAUCAAACUGUUCGAGUCUGGGAUAUUUCAGGACUUCGCAAGAAGAAUGUGGCACCUGGACCGUCAGGGAUUGCUGAUCAGUUCAGAAACCCUGGAACCACGGAACUGUUUGGUCAGACCGAUGCCAUUGUAAAGCAUGUUUUGGAAGGGCAUGACAGAGGUGUCAACUGGGUCUGCUUCCAUCCAACUCUUCCUCUCAUUGUGUCUGGGGCCGACGAUAGGCAGGUCAAGCUGUGGAGGAUGAAUGAGUCAAAAGCCUGGGAGGUGGACACCUGCAGGGGUCACUACAACAACGUCUCCUGCGUCCUCUUCCAUCCCAGACAGGAACUCAUCAUCAGCAACUCUGAAGAUAAGAGCAUCAGGGUCUGGGAUAUGACUAAAAGGACUUGCUUGAACACAUUCCGACGUGAGCAUGACAGAUUCUGGGUACUUGGUGCUCAUCCGACACUCAAUCUCUUUGCUGCGGGACACGACAGUGGCAUGAUCAUCUUCAAAUUGGAACGUGAGAGACCCGCGUUUGCAGUGCACCAGAACAUUCUCUACUACAUUAAGGAGAAGUAUCUGAGGAAGUUGGACUUCAACACCUCCAAAGACGUGGCAGUCAUGCAGCUCAGAGGGAGUGGGAAAGUUCCAAUAUAUUCCAUGUCCUACAAUCCAGCUGAGAACGCCAUCCUACUAACCACUAGAGCUGCUAAUUUAGAAAACAGCACCUAUGAUUUGUACACCAUCCCAAAAGAUUCAGACUCGCAAAAUCCUGAUGCCCCGGAGAGCAAGAGGUCAGCAGGCGUGGCAGCAGUGUGGGUGGCCAGGAACAGAUUUGCCGUACUCGACAGAUCACAUACUGUGGUAGUGAAAAACUUGAAGAAUGAGAUAACGAAAAAGAUUCAGGUCCCCAGCUGUGAUGAUAUCUUCUACGCGGGCACUGGAUGUCUGCUCUUGAAAGAUGCUGAUGGAAUCGUACUUUAUGAUGUGCAACAAAAGAGGGUGCUAGGCAGUAUGAAAGCUCCGAAAGUGAAACACGUCUUCUGGUCGGCUGACAUGUCACAUUUUGCGACUGUUUCUAAACAUCACAUUCAUAUCUGCAACAAGAAACUUGAGAGUCUGUGUACCAUGCACGAGACGGUCCGUGUGAAGAGUGGAGCCUGGGAUGAGAAUGGUGUCUUCAUCUACACGACCAGCAACCACAUCAAAUACGCUCUUACUAAUGGUGACUACGGCAUCAUACGAACUCUGGAUCUGCCCAUCUACAUAACUCGCAUCAAGGGCAACAGCAUCUACUGCCUGGACCGCGAGUGCAGAACGAGGGUGCUUGGCAUCGAUUCUACCGAGUACAAGUUCAAGUUGGCUCUCAUCAAUAAGAAAUAUGAUGAGGUGUUGCACAUGGUGAAAAAUGCCAAACUUGUCGGUCAAUCCAUCAUUGCUUACCUCCAGAAGAAGGGCUACCCAGAGGUGGCACUUCACUUUGUUAAAGAUGAGAAGACAAGAUUUGGACUGGCUCUUGAAUGUGGCAACAUCGAGAUUGCUUUGGAGGCAGCAAAAACUCUGAACGACAAGGAUUGUUGGGACAAGUUAGGAGAGGCUGCCCUGCUGCUUGGCAACCAUCAAGUUGUUGAGAUGGCCUACCAAAGAACGAAAAAUUUUGACAAGUUGUGCUUUCUUUAUCUGAUCACUGGCAAUUUGGAGAAACUGAGGAAGAUGAUGAAGAUUGCUGAGAUAAGAAAAGAUUUGAGUGGUCAGUUCCAAACAGCUCUGUACCUGGGAGAUGUGCAAGAAAGGGUCAAGAUACUGAAGAACUGUGGGCAGAGAUCUCUGGCCUACAUGACGGCAGCUACGCACGGCCUGACCGAGGAAACCGAACAAUUAUCGUUGACUUUUGACCCCGAGAAAGAGAGCUUGCCCGAUGUUGACCCACGAGCACACCACUUGAGGCCCCCGGCUCCAAUCAUGCAGCAGGAAACUAACUGGCCUCUCCUUACUGUUGCUAAGGGAAUAUUCUUCGAUCCGACCCUCACCAAAGAAGCUGUCGGAGGACACAUCGUGUACACCGGUGAUGAAGACGUCGGGGAAGCCGGGCCCGGCUGGGGCGAAGAUGAUGUCGUCAUCGAUGAAGAUGGCUACGUGUUAGCGAAGGAGGACAGACAUGCGGAUGAAGCUGGGGCAGGGACCAGCGGCGCCGGAGGUGGCUGGGAUGUGGAAGAUGAUGACCUCGAACUUCCUGCUGGAUUGGAAAUUGGACCAAUUGGAGGAGGGAUGGAGAGUGGAGUCUAUCUACCCCCCACUAAAGGAGUUAGCCAAUCAGCGAACUGGUGCAACAACUCACAACUGCCUGUGGAUCACAUCCUGGCCGGCUCAUUUGAAACUGCAAUGAGGUUGCUUCACGACCAAGUUGGUGUGGUGGAUUUCCAGGCUUACAAGGAGAUCUUCCUGCAGACAUUCAUGAGGGGGCGGAGUUAUCACCUGGCCUGCCCGUCACUCGCACCUCUCACCACACAUCUCCAUAGGAAUUGGAAAGAAGCAGGAGCGAAAGCAGGGGUGCCAGCUGUUGGUUUGAAACUGAAUGACCUAGUGCAGAGGUUACAAAGUGCUUAUCAGCUGACCACACAAGGCAAGUUUGCAGAUGCCAUCGACAAAUUUCGUUCCAUCUUGUUAUCCAUUCCACUCUUAGUUGUUGACAAGAAGCAGGACAUAUCAGAAGCUCAGCAAAUGUUGGAGAUAUGCCGUGAAUACCUUGUUGGCUUAUGCAUGGAACUGGAAAGGAAGGAGCUGCCGAAGGAAACACUGGAUGAUCAGAAAAGGAAUUGUGAAUUGGCUGCCUACUUCACGCACUGCAACUUGCAGCCAGUGCACAUGGUCCUAACCCUGAGAACCGCACUUAACCUCAUGUUCAAGUUGAAAAAUUACAAAAUGGCUGCCUCUUUCGCCAGACGUCUGCUCGAUCUGGGUCCGAAACCUGAAGUUGCUCAGCAGACGAGAAAGAUCUUGGCAGCCUGUGAAAAAACUCCGACAGAUGCACAUGAGUUGAAAUAUGAUGAGCACAAUCCAUUCGAUAUUUGUGCAGCUUCUUACGUUCCUAUAUACAGAGGCAAGCCAGUUGUUAAGUGUCCGCUCAGUGGUGCUUGCUACCUACCACAGUUCAAAGGUCAAAUAUGCAGGGUCACCAAGGUCACAGGAAUUGGGAAAGAUACAAUAGGCCUCCGAAUCAGUCCUAUCCAAUUUAGAUGAAUAAAUUAUUUAUUAUUAAAUUUUUUGUUAAAUGUUUGUUAUAUAAGAAGGAGUAUCAACGACUUUAUUAUGAAUGAAUGAAUGAACAUUUGAUGAAUGAACGCCAGUCUGAUCGGUGAUCAUAAUGUCGCUAAAUUAUAUUUCAAUUGCUCUCAAUCAAUCAAUUGUUAAUUCUGUU